AUGUUUCACAAUGUUAAUUGUUUGUAUGGUGUUGUUGGCAUACUGAGGAUUCUAGAUGAAGUUCCAGAAGAGAAGAGAGAUUUAGCAAUGAGAACAAUUAUUUAUGAGUCAAAUGUUCGUGCGAUAUAUCCGAUUCACGGAUGUGUUGAGGUUAUUAAAGAAUGUUAUGACAGGAUUAAAGAUAAUUUUGAAGAGUUAUAUCAAGUAAAAAAGUUACUAGAUUAUUGUAAAGUAAAUCAUUUACAAUCACAAAUUCCAAAUCUUCAACCACAUUUUUUAAUGGGUCAUUCUUUGAGAGCUUCUACAAGUUCUCAAAUUCCAAAUCUUGAACCACAAUUUUUAAUGGAUUACUCUUUGAGAGCUUCUACUAGUUAUCAAAUUCCAAAUAUUCCAAUAUUUAACAAUGUUGGUAAUAACCCUAAUUAUUAUCACAAUAGUGAAAAUAAUAUAGAAGCUACGAUGAAUGCAUCUCCACCUAAUACAAAUUGGAAUAAAAAUUCAAGGGUUACACAAUUGAGUGAAGGAGUCUCCAAUAAUAAAGAAUCAGAUCUUUUUGGUGGUGUUGAUACACAUAUUAGUGCAAAAGAUGAUUUGAAUGAAGAGGAAAAAUAA